AUGGCUGACUAUAGUGAAAGGGGCGUUCAGAAGAGAGAAAAGAGAAGGUGGCUUUUCCGGAAGCCUACUCUGCAUGUUCAACAAUGUGAAGCAAGGACAGUGACUGUAGAUGCAAGCGCGCCUGUGAAUCCUGUUUUGGAUGCUGAGCAAAGGCAUGCAAUUGCUGUGGCCGCAGCAACUGCAGCAGUGGCUACUGCCCAAGCGGCAGUAGAUAUUGUUCGGCUCACAAGACCGAAUAACUUUGCUAGAGAACACUAUGCUGCUACACUCAUUCAAACGGCAUUCAGAGGUUACUUGGCAAGGAGAGCUCUACAUGCACUCAAGGGGCUGGUAAAGCUUCAAGCUUUAGUGAGAGGUCAUAACGUUAGGAAGCAAGCAAAGCUGACACUGAAAUGCAUGCAAGCUCUGGUUCGAGUACAAGAUCAGGUUCGCAACGAAAGAUCAAGGCUUUCGCAUGACGCCGGUCGAAACUCCAUGUUUGCUGAAACAGGCCUUCACUUGUGGGAAUCCAGAUAUCUUCAGGACAUUCGUGACAGAAAGUCAAUAUGUAGGGAGAAAAGUCGUGGUGAGGACUAUUGGGACAAAGGGCUUGAACCCGUAUUGCAUAGUAGAAAGGAAGCUGCUUUAAAACGUGAAAAGGCUCUGGCUUAUGCUUUCUCUCAUCAGAUAUGGAGGCCUGAGAGGAACCCAUCUUCAGGGGAUGAUGCAGAGCUAGAAGAGAGAACAAGAUGGCUAGAAAGAUGGAUGGCCACGAAGCAAUUUGAGAACAGAAGCCGAGCUUCAAUUGACAAAAGGAACUCCAUAAAAACAGUUGAGAUCGAUACGAAUUCAAGGCCUUCCUCGUGCACAUCUUCAAAUGUCCCAAUUUCAUCGUCACAUUCGCAACAUCAAAAGCAGCUAGCCUCCUACGCCAUUGCUUCAGCUUCACCCCUGCACAAAUCACAGUACAUGAAUCAUCUCUCGCCUGCAACACCCUCUCCUUCAAAACCAAAAGCUCUGAAAGUGCGGACGGCGAGUCCAAGAUGCCCGAAAGAGGAAAAAUACUAUUGUUCAUCAGCUGCACACACACCAAGCUUAUCAGGCACCAAUGCUUAUUGGGGCUUCAGGGGUGCAAUGUGCCGUUCUGGAACACCAAAUUACAUGGCUGCUACUGAAUCCGCAAAGGCCAAGGCUCGAUCGCUUAGCACACCAAAAACAAGGCCUUCUACACCCGAGAGAGAAAGAGGCAGCGGCUCAGCCAAGAAGCGCCUUUUGUACCCUGUCUCGGCUGAGCCACAACACCAUAAUUGUGUUGGCAUUGAUUGUAGUAGCUUUAGCCAGAACUCGAGAAGUCCUAGCUUCAAGAGUGUACAAAAUAAUGGCUACGAUGGGAGGGAGAACUUGUCGUCGUACGCCGAUACCCUUGGGGGAGAGAUUUCUCCAUGUUCAACCACUGAUCUGUGGUGGUUAAAGUGA